GUAAACAACAUGGCCGCGCCUGUGAGCACGCCGGGCGGGGAAUGACCCCCCUGACACUGGUUUAGGUUUGUAUUUUUGUGACGUGACGGGCCACGGAUAUGAUGAGAGCAGCUUGCACGAGCAGAGUCAGGUCCCGGCUCUCCCUGACCGCGAGGACGGUCACGAACCACCCGGGUCCAGGCGACGGAGCUGGUCCUGCCGGGUCCUGGGGUGAAAGCGCGCAUCCCCCUGCGGACAGCGACUCCUCAGAGCGACAGAGGCCAUGGAAGGAUCCGAGUAGCCGGACUGUGCUGCUUUUCCCCGGCCAGGGCAGCCAGUUUGUGGGGAUGGGUCGCGGACUGUUGCGGUAUCCGAACGUCAGGGAGAUGUUCUCUGUGGCGCAAGAGGUCCUGGGCUAUGACCUGCUCCAGCUGUGCCUGGAAGGACCCGAGAAGGAGCUGAUGAAGACGGUGCACUGUCAGCCUGCUGUGUUCGUCUCCUCCCUGGCUGCUGUGGAGAGGAUGAACGAGGAGAACCCGCAGGCCAUUGAGCGUUGUGUCGCAGCAGCAGGAUUCAGUGUUGGAGAAUUCGCUGCCCUGGUUUUCUCAGGCUCCAUGAACUUUGCAGAAGCUCUGUAUGCGGUGAAGGUGCGAGCCGAGGCCAUGCAGGAAGCUUCGGAGCGGGUCAGCAGCGGCAUGCUGUCAGUCAUCGGCCGACCCCAGGCCCAGUACAAACACGCCUGUGUUCUGGCUAAAGAGCACUGCGAGAGGCUCGGGGUGGAGGAGCCCGUCUGCUCUGUGGCCAACUACCUGUUCCCAGAUGGAAGGGUCAUCGCGGGACACACGCAGGCCCUGGAUUUUCUACGGCAGAACUCCAGACAGCUCCACUUCAUGAGGACCAAACCUCUGUCCGUCAGUGGCGCCUUCCACACGUCACUCAUGGAGGGCGCCACUGAACCACUCAAGGAGGUUCUCCGGCAAAUCGAGGUUCGGCGCCCGGAGAUCAAGGUUUACUCCAACGUGGACGGGAAGCGCUACAUGAACGAAAGUCACAUCCGGAAGCAGCUGGUGAAGCAGCUGGUGUCGCCGGUGAAGUGGGAGCAGACUCUGCACCAGAUCUACGAGAGACUGCAGGGAGAGAGGUUCCCCCACACGUACGAGGUGGGCCCCGGCCGGCAGCUGGGGGCCACGCUGCUGAAGUGCAACAGGAACGCCCAUGCACUGUACUCGCACGUGGACGUGGCCUGCGACCCGGGCCCCGGGGACUGAGUUGCUGGCUUCAAUAAAGACU